AAUUGCAGUCGCGUAUUGUGGGCUUAUUGCGUUGACAGACCUACUGUGAACGAUUCAACAAUAGUUGACCUUAGGACGGGCAAAUAUAUACGUUGGAUCAGAUGACCGAACGGGAGACCAAUUAAAUUGUAAAUACAAAUAUACAAUAUAGUUCAUUACCACAAGGAACAGACCGCAGUCCGCCGUAUACCUUCACGGAGUACGGACAAAGAUAUCUCAGUCCGCGGUGUGGCGCAGUCCAACGGCGGUACGCAAACGAGUCAGUUCAGUAAGUUGUACCACAGUCGCGGAAUCCCUACUCCGACCGCGUAUUAUCACCAAUUAUUGAUAACGAGCUUUGAAUUUCUGAUUAAGAAAAACCAAGACGUCCCGACUUGACCGACAGACGAGUGACGACGAUUUGCCUUCCGACUUGCACGUUAGUACGAUACUGAAUAAACGUCCUCAGUCUUCCGCGAUAUUCCUAUCCGCCACCUUGCAAUUUUAUUAGCCGCCCACACUGUAUUCCGAGUACUAUACGAGUACGUAACGCAAAAUACAAUAAUAGAUCGUCCGAAAAUGGUGGUGAAAGUGUACAUGUCCGGCAUAUCGGGUAACAAGGAGGUGAAGAAACGCCAACAGAGGGUCACUAUGAUAUUGGACAGCAAAAGUAUAUCGUACGACUUGAUAGAUAUCACCGAACCAGGAAAAGAAGACGAAAAAGCGUACAUGCAGAACAACAGCAAGACCAAGGAUGGUUCAAAAAAUGCUCUGCCACCGCAGAUAUUCAACGACAAUGUUUAUUGCGGGGACUAUGAUGAUUUUGACACGGCUAAUGAAUUAGAUGAGUUGGAUAAAUUUUUUGAUGUUUCUACUAAAAGUCCUCCUAAAGAAUUAAAUGGAUCAACUACUGUGGAAGAUGUUAAAAUUGAAAGUACAAAUGAAAUCAAUGAUUCAAAUGAUGGAACUGUAAAAGAAAAUGUAAAUGAAGAACAACAAGAGCCUUUGACUUCUGAUGAUGAAGAUAGUGAUAAUGAAUCGCUUGACACACAGAACAAAUUGAAAGAAACAACUUUAAAUCCAAAUUCCGUCCCACUUCCAGACGAAACAAAUGUAUUAUUGGAUAUCCCAGAAACUAAAAAAGAAUUGUUAUCAGAAACCGAAGAAGAAAUUGAAGAGUGAGAUUUUUAGCUACUCCAAAUUUAAUAAUUAAAAAUGUACAAAAUUACAAUAAUUUUUGAUUUGCUGCCUCUACUCUAACAUGUUUUUGAUUUAAUUUUAUUUAUCAAUUUAUUUAUUUUUCUUUAACAAAAGUUACUAUUUUUUUUUAGUUUGAAACUUCAAGUAUUAGGCUUAUUAUUAUUAUAAUUUUUUUUUUAUGUUUAAUACCACUAUAAUUCCUUAAAGAAACAUUAAAUGCUUAUAUUUAUGGUUUUCUAUUUUUAUCCAUAACCACAUUUUAACUAUAUGUAAUUUUUGGUUCUAAUCCAUAGAUUGGUCUUAAGAAUAUUAGAACAAUUUUUAAAUGUCAAUCGAUGUUAAGCGAAUAAAUAAAUUAUUAUGCUUUAUAUCAUACAUUUUAGUUUAUUAUAAUUAUUAUAUUAUAUUUGUUUAUUUAUAUAAAUACAUUUUAAGAAAUGAUUUUUUAUACCAAUAAUGUUUUAUUCAAUGUUAAAGGUUGUAUGAAUAAUAAUAUAUUUAACUGAUGGACACAAUAAUUUAAUAUUGUCAGAUCAGGUUUCAUUUUAAUUGCUUAAAACCCUCAUAUAAAUAAUAGUUGACUAUAAAUUGUAUACCAUAUUGAGCUUAUUGUACAUAAUAAUAAAAUGUAUUUAUUUUUGGGGCUAUUGAUGGAUGCUUAAUACAAUUAACCAGCAUUUGACUGUCUUAUUAUAUAACAUUUUAUUUAAAAGUUAUUAUGUUAUAGAAAUUAAUUAUUAUAAUUUAUAUAAUUUUUUGUAACAAAUAUUUUUAUCAAUAAUGUUAUUGCAUUGUAAGUAUUUCUGUUUAUAAAUUAUUGACUUUAAAUGUA